CAAGUCGUAAAGUCAAAUUAAAGUUUUUCCUUAAUUUUAAUAAUAAAAAUGGGAUCUUCCUUGCAAAAACAGAGCAACAUAACAAUGCACGGACCAGAGAAUUUGGAGCUGUUGGAUCGCCAGCUAUCGUAUAUAGCCCGCAAUGCAGCGAAUUGGCUAAAAAAGAAGGAGACCACGUUCACUUUGGGGCCAAAAGCGCAGGAAAUUGACGAUUCAAGAUACAUAAAUUACCUGGAGGAGUAUGAUAGACUCCUAUCACUGAUGCGCAAUUUGCCGUAUUAUCCGCCCAGUGCCGAAAUGCUGGACGCUCUGACCACCGAAUUCACCGACAAGGAUUUGACCGCCACGAAUGAGGUGUUCGCCGAGUACUUGGCCACCAAACGCCUGGAGUUCUACAACGUGUGCUCUGUGAUGCAAACACUGCUCACCAUCGAGGAUCUGUCCACCAUGCAGCUGUACGCCCAACUGAUCCAGAAGGAUGUGGCAGUGCAGCGCGUGUCCAAGCUCAGGUACAAGAUUGCCCUCAGCACCACGGGCGUGAAUCCAGAGGAUGUGGUGGCCAUCAACCUGGACGAAGUGGUGCUGGUGCCCAAGUCCAGCCUGGCCGUCUCGCCACUGCCCAAGCAGCUGCUGCUAGCCCUGCUGCCCCAUCCCCAUGAGGACCUCAAGUCGCAGCAUCCCAUGUGCCGCCAUGUGGCCAGCGUGGAGGCGAUCAGCCGCACCAACGUCCACAUCCGCUUCAACCGUGGAAACUGCCCCAAGGAAGAGGACUUGCUGGGCCAGCGCUUCUAUGUCAUUAUCCGGUCCAGACGCACUCCGAUGCGCUACAUGUUUCGCGCCCUCAAACUGCUCCAGGAGAGCCCCUUGAUUCGUCGCUACCUCUAUCCGUUCCCCAGCUGGUUGACCCAGAUGGUGGACGAAUCGAGGAUUCAGAUGCGCGACUGCGCGGUCCUGCCCAGAUGGAUGCGGGCAAACCCACCACCACAGCCUGCUCCUCCGUCUGCCAUCGACCUGCUGAACCCGACCAUCAAUUCGAACAUGGAACAGCUGCAGGCGGUGCAGAGAAUUGUCGCGGGACCAAGUCCUCAGGGACCCUACAUCUUGUUCGGACCACCAGGCACUGGCAAAACCACUACCAUUGUGGAGGCCAUUCUACAGCUGCGCCUUCGACAACCGCGAAGCCGCAUCCUCGUAACUGCCGGUUCGAACUCGGCCUGUGACACGAUCGCCCUGAAGCUGUGCGAGUAUAUCGACAGCAAUGCCCGUCUCCGGGAGCAUUUCGCCCUGCAGGAGAAGCCGGAUGCGAAGCACCAGUUGAUCCGCCUCUUCUCGCGCUCCAUUCACCACAAGGGACUGAAAUCCGUGCCGGCACUGCUGUUGAAGAAUUCCAACUGCUCGAAGAAUAUCUACGAUCAGCUUGGAGUUUCGCAUAUACUCGAGUACGGCAUCACUGUGGCCACUCUCUGCACCGUGGGACGCUUGGUCACCGACAAUCUCGGCAAGCACAACUUCUUCAGCCACAUCUUUAUCGACGAGGCGGGCGCUGCCACCGAGCCGGAGGCUUUGAUCGGCAUUAUGGGGGUCAAGCAGACGGCGGAUUGCCACGUCAUCCUGUCCGGAGAUCACAAGCAGCUGGGAGCCGUAAUCAAGAGCAAUCGGGCUGCAUCUCUGGGAUUGAGUGAGUCUCUCAUGGAGCGACUGCUCCGUUCCGAUUGCUACAAGUUAGAUGAGAACGGAAACUACGAUCGCACUCUGCAGACGCGUCUGCGUCGAAACUAUCGAUCCCAUCCGGAGAUUGUGCGCGUGUUCAACGAGCUGUACUAUAACGGCGAGCUAAUCCCUCGGGCACCUGCUGCGGAUGUGAACCUGGCGGCCAACUGGAGCCUCCUGCCCAAUCCCCAGUUCCCAAUCAUCUUUCAGGCCACCCAUGGAGUGACCAAAAGGGAGCAGCACUCCACCAGUUCAUACAACCAGCUGGAGGCUCAGGUGCUCUGCUGGUAUGUAAAGCGGCUGAUGAACGAUGGCCUGGGAAAGGGAAGGACAGUCAGGCAGGAGGACAUUGGCAUAGUUGCGCCGUAUACGGCUCAGGGUAAACUGAUCACCCAGCUACUCCAAAGCCAGGGACACCCCAACGUGGAGGUGGGCAGCGUGGAGACCUACCAGGGUCGCGAGAAGCCCAUCAUUAUUGCCAGUCUGGUGAGAUCUUUUGCCAACAUGGGAUUCAUGCGCAAUCCUCGCCGGGUGAAUGUUCUCCUAUCCAGGGCCAAAGCACUGCUGAUCCUGGUCGGAAAUCCGGUCACCCUGCGUCAUCACAGGGACUUCAAGAAAAUUAUCAAGGAGUGCAAGAAUCAAGGCACAUAUGUCUUCAAGAAGAAGGAUUCCCAGCAGAGACCGCAAUUCCUGCCCGGCAUCGAUGAAGAUACAUCCGACGGGGACUGGAGCAGUGAGGACGAAGAUGAUGAGCUCACACCUUGGUAUGCCAGGAUGCCAAAGGACAUAAGUGUGACUGUGGACGAGGAGGAAACGUCCUUAUCCCAGGCUUUAAGCAAGGAACUGGCUCAGUUAUCGGACAGGAUUGUUGCUAAACUGAAACUGCAGAACAUGUGAGUUUGGGCUUCUGUAUAAGCCGUAGAUUAAGAUUAGGUUAAGAAAGACUCCGAAAAGUUCAAAGUAGUGGCAUUUGCAUGCCCCUGAUAUUAUCCUCUAGAAGAGAAGUAAUGAAACAUGCCAGCUCAGAAAGCUCUUAAUUUCUAAGCCUUUGCCUCUGUGAAACAGAAGUUUUUGUAUUUUUUUAUAAUAUAAGUUUCUGCUAACAAAAAUCGCUUAAUGCAGUCAAAGACUGCGUUUCGAAGAAGAAUACCCAAGAUAUUUCAUUUAAUGGCCUGAAAA